GGCGGUGAAGGGCGAUCGCCGCCUUUGUUUCGGGGCCUGAUCGACACCUGAUUAGGAAGACUGUUUGUUGGUCGACAAUCGCCAUGCGCUGCUCUUCUCUCUGCUUCUUUGCCGUUUGACUCCUGUUCCAAUCGACCGGGCUCAUAUUCAUGAUCAGCCACGAACUGUACUCUGAUCUCAACUGAUCAGGGUCCACCGACAAUGCAGUCGUCCAGAGCUCCCCUCCGACCCAGGGCGCCAAAUUGGCCUCUCCAGUCGCAUCUGGCCGUCUUUGUUCGCAACUUGCAGCUCCUACAACUCGAUCAGCGUGAUGAUUGGCCCGAAAUCACCGUCCGCUCCUUAUCGCCCACAUCGCAAACGCAACAACGUCAGCGCAUCAAGGCCGUCGAAUGGGCCCUCUAUCAGCUGGUGGCUAUCUGGGACCCGGAAACAGCCCGAGACAAACUUCGUCCCUUUUUUCCGCCGCUGGAACCGCUCCAGUCGGUCAACCUGCGCGCUGCGCUGUUUCGGGUGUUGUCUGAAUUGAAGAAGAAUGGGGAACUAGGCCGCGAGACGAUCCUGCGGAAAUCCAUGAUGGAUGAUUGCAAAGGGGAAAAAUUUGAUGAGAUCCUGGCGGUGUUCUCGACGACAGUCUUGCGCAAGGCCCUGGCCGAGUCGGAAGAUGAUGACCUGCGGAGCCCGGCCAUGAAGAUGGCGAUGGCUCCGGGGCUGUCUCGUCAGGAAUAUCAGCAGAUGCUGCCUCUCAUCAUUGCACAUCGUGCGUCUCUGAGAUCGAUGGGGGCCCAUCGCAAUCGCAUCCAGCACACCCACGAGAAAUUCUCCGAGCUCCUGGACCGCAAGAAGGGCCAGUUAAACGCUCGAGUCGAAGAAAGCCCGUCGAUGCUUGAGGACACCCAGAUCGAGUUUGACAGAAUAGCACGGGAGACUAAAGCCAAUUGGUUCGGUAGCGAAGAAUGGGCCGACACACUGCUCUACGGCGGCGCUCGCAGCAGCAAUGAUACGUUUUUGGAACUCCCGUUCGGCACCGCAUGGUCCAAAGCCAACGAGUCCACCGUGGAAGAUCUCACUACCAGCGCAACCCCAGACCUUCUGAUUGACCUGGAGUCUCGUGUCUCGUUGCAGCGAGCGCGUCUACAGCGAUGGCGCCAAUAUGGCAGUUCCAUCCAGAAGCACGAGCGCAUAAAUUCGACCAGUUCGGCGAAUGGAUCUUCCCUGGCGUUUCGGGAUCACCAGCCACUCACCGUCGCGAGUAUCUCCAAGGCCGUUCGCCAGCCCGUGGAGCGUGUCUCCCUCAAAGCAGAAGACCGGUCUCUUCUCUUCUCCAUGACUGAAGCGUUGGCUCGAAUAAACGGGACAUCCUCAUAUGCAGCCACAUCCGGACGGACGGCUUCCUGGCGCGGACCCAGCUCGCAUCUUCCUGCUGGACGUGAACCAACGGAAAAGACACCUUCUCCUCCACUAUCCUCGCAAGACCCGACAUCUCCAGAACAACCUGCUCAAACUCAUCCUCACCUCGAGGAAGUCCCCAUUCCCUCUGCAUCCCCCGCCGUCCAAAUCUCACCCUCGCCUUCCCCGCCACUCAACACAGACCCAGACCCAGAACCCCGAAUAAACUUCACCGGACUCGUCGAACGAACCCGCAAAUCCAUGUCCCUGCUGCCUCCAUCCUCCAACAAGCCUCCUCCCCGUCGGCCGCGCGACAGCUUGCGUCCCCGACACGCCCGCAUGUCCUUCCCCGUCAACCAGUUCGAAACGCCACAGAAGCCAUCCGCUCGCGUCCCGGACAUCAGCCGCGCUUCGACGCCCCAGGAUGACCUCUUCAAGGAAGAAGCGGACUACGCGAGCGUGUUCAAGUCACGGCCACGCGUGGCGACUAGUCCGGUGACCUCGCCGGCGGUGCAUUUUGGGGCUAUUGAUGACUUUGAGCUGAUAAGUGGUGAUGAGGGCGAGAGCGGGAUGAUUGAUGAGGAGGACGAUGAGGAUUUUGGGGAUGUGGGGAUUGGGUCGCCUUCGUUCAGGAGGAGGUAGUCAGGGGAAUAGGGGUUUGUGGCUAUAGAUUCUGUCUCUUGGAAAAAGGAGAUGCUAUUGGUAUAGAUGAAAAUGUUGAGAUGAUUGAUUAGAUUAAUGGGC